CAGUUGGGAUUGUACAACGGACCACGGCGCCCGCGUAGGCAACGCCAUAGAUUUAAAAGUAAAAAUAAAAGAAAAACAAACUGGCCGCUUAUUUUUUUAAAAAGAAAAUUCCACGGACUGUUUUUGACAGUUGACAUUUGUCAUUUUUGAUUAUUCAGUGCUCGGGAAAUUUGUGGUGUGGAGUGUGCGAAUUUUUGUGUUGAAAUUUUUUAACUGUGCUCGUUGCGUAAUUUUUUUUCGAAACCAAAGUUCGGCUCUGUGUGUGUGGCAACAGCGGGCAGUCAACGCGCGUCGAUCCAACGCCGCAGCCGUCCCGCGCAAAUGCAUGUUGAAACUGUGAUGUUUUAAAAAUAUAUAAAAAAAAAAAAAAUAGUGUCAGAUUUGUUUUUUUUUUAAUAGUGCUGUGUCUGUGACAGUAAUAAUGCAAGGCCGUGACAAGUUGUGUGCGAAGUUGACAAGCGCCUUCUUGAGGAAAUGGUGGUUCGUGCUAGCUUCAGCGGUGGUCCUGCUACUGCUCGGCAUCAUAUGCGCUAUAUUCUUCGGCUCCUGGGUUCGAAUGUUCAUAGACCAUGAAUUGGUGCUCCGGCCCGGCUCGAUGACAUUCGAGUGGUGGGCGCGGCCUCCCGUGCGGCCCUUCAUCAGGGUGUUCGUGUACAACGUGACCAACGCCGACGAGUUCCUCAACAACGGCUCCAAGCCGGUGCUGGACGAACUUGGACCUUAUGUCUACUCGGAAGAGUGGGAGAAGGUGAACAUUACGGACAACGAGAACGGGACACUGUCUUUCCAUUAUAGACGGACGUACACGUUUCAGCCAGACUUGAGUUCCGGGCCAGACGACGAUGCUGUAGUUGUGCCUAAUAUCCCUAUGUUGAGCGCCACUUCGCAGUCGAAACACGCGGCGCGAUUUCUCCGACUGGCCAUGGCAUCCAUCAUGGAUAUCUUGAAGAUAAAGCCAUUCGUGGAGGUCUCUGUGGGCCAACUGCUCUGGGGAUAUGAGGACCCACUACUGAAGUUGGCCAAGGACGUGGUCCCGAAGGAACAGAAGCUGCCUUAUGAGGAGUUUGGCCUGUUUUACGGGAAAAACGGCACAGCGCCAGACGUGGUCACGAUGUUCACUGGCGCCAACGACAUCACAAAAUACGGCAUCGUCGAGAAGUACAACAUGAAGGACAACUUGGGGCACUGGGGGUCUGAGGAGUGCAACAGCAUUGCCGGCUCCGACGGGUCCAUCUUCCCCCCGCACAUCACCAGAAACGACACGCUUAAGAUCUAUGAUAAGGAUUUGUGCAGAGUUUUACCGCUUAGGUAUCUGCACGACGUGGAAUCUGCGGCGGGAGUCCAGGGCUUCAGGUUCACGCCCCCUGAAGACGUGUUUGCCAACGACGAGCACAACAGAUGUUUCUGUCCCGCCGGCCCGCCCUGCGCACCGAACGGAUUGUUCAACGUGUCCCUGUGUCAAUACGACUCGCCCAUAAUGUUGUCGUUCCCCCACUUCUACUUGGCGGACCCGAAGCUGCGCGAGGCUGUGGAGGGCAUCUCCCCGCCCGUUGCCGACGAGCACAGACUCUACAUUGACGUUCAACCGGAGAUGGGCACGGCGAUGCGCGCGCGCGCCCGCGUGCAGAUCAACCUGGCGGUGUCGCAGGUGCUGGACAUCAAACAGGUCGCCAACUUCCCCGACAUCGUGUUCCCCAUUCUGUGGUUUGAGGAGGGCAUCGACGAGCUGCCACAGCAGGUGUCGUCGCUGCUGCGGCUGGCGACGCGCGCGCCGCCGCUGGCGCGCGCCGCGCUGGGCUGGGGGCUGAGUGCGCUCGGCGCGCUGCUGCUGCUGCUCGCCGUCACCUGCCUCAUCAGAUCGUCCCAUCGCCAAAGCACGUUGAGGUUGGAAGGUCACGCUGUCGCCAAGCCGCCCCCAGCCAAGCUACCCUCCAAAGAAAAUGGCUACGAAUUGAACAGCAGAAGGUAACCGGGUCAUUUGUACCGUGUACCACGUGUGGUACACGUACCGAAAUGUCAAUUUGUACCGUGUACCAUUUAUGAGACUUGUUAUUUACCUGUUUGUAAAUGUGUGUCUUGUGUAAAAAUUUAAACUGAUGAUUUCACGUAGAAAAAAUGUUGGCGGCCGGCGGUUUUGAGAACUUAGUCCUUUUUGUUUGAAGUUUAAUAACAUUUUUGAUAAUUCGUCAAAAAAUAUGUUUCUACACAGAUAAUAUGAUCAAAUUGUUUUAUAGUUUAUUUUUUAGAACGAGUGAAAAUUAUUCGUCUAUUGGUCCCUUGUUUUUACUAAAAUAAAUUAUAAUUUGUUAUCACAGGAGUAAAUUUCGCCAAUCGAAAAACUCUUUAUAAUUUGUGUCAUAUUUGGUACACGGGCUUGGAGUGAAUAUGUUUAACUUUUGCGAAAUAUGAAUGUAAUAAAUAUAAACAAAUUAACAUACCAUGUGGUAUCACGUGGUACAUGAUUUAAUAUGUCAUCAUUUAGACCAUAGAUACAUUACACCAUACAUAAUUAUAGGUACGGUGUAAUUUUAUAUUCAUAAUUUCAUUUGUAUUAGACUAAUGGUAUUCAAUGUUUUGGACGUAGGAUGAUGGACCGUUUUACAAAUCGAAUCUCAAUUUAGAUACCACUGGUUUGAUAAAUAUGAAUUGAAUAAAAUAUUUUAUCACACUUCACUCUAUUCUUUGAAGUAGUAAUUUAAGUUUUGCUCAUAGGAAUCAAUCCGUCCAAAUUAUGUAACCAAGUAGAUGUUUUUUUUUUUUAGCAACUAUUGAAGCUUACAUUUUUUUUUGUCAUGAUUAAUCUGGUCAAGUUAUUAAUUUUAGUCACCUUGAAAUAAAAAAUGUACCAACACAUUUCAAACUUAUUUCUGAAACAAUAAAUUUUCUUUAAUUACCUUUUUUCUUUCUAUUUUAUUGUAAAAUCAAGUUGAAUAUUAUAAUUUUGUACUUAAAUAAAGUUGAUCGAUGUGUAAUUUGGCAAUAACUUGAUUUUUAUUAUUGUAAUUUGCUAUUAAUCUUACCAACAAAAUGUGAUACGAAUCUUCCACGAAAUUUUAUAUUUUUGAACAAAUUAUCUUAUUUUACCAAUAUUAUUGACAUUAAAGUGUUUUUUUUUAUAUAAAAAAAAAAGAAAAUUAAUCGUAAUUAUAAAAAUAUGUGAUAUUUUGUUGAUCAAAACUACUAUUUAAUACUUUUUUUUUACUUUAGGCUUUUUUAUACUUUUUUAAUGAAACACUCAUCAUAAAGACUCCAAUUUCUGCAUAAUGGAUUCACAUUUUUUUCAAGGGGAGAUAUUAAUUGGGCAUAUUAUGAAUUCAUAAAAUGCAUAGGUACAAUGUUUAGGUAAUUUCUCUGUUGAUGAAAAUCAGUAAUAUAUUUUUUUCAACAUUGACCAUAUCUACAAUAAUUUUCAUAAAUAGUUUUGAUCAAUGAAAUAUAGAUUUAUUAUUAUUUUUUAAAUAUGACUGUCCACUGUAAAUAUUAUUGUUAUUCUUAUUCUACGGGCUUCGGGUUGCCAUUUAACGGUAGGGCAAUACUAAAUACUAUUUAACACCGGCCAAAGUAUACAAUUAGUUCAAGUAAAUGUAUUCAUCCAUAUAUCCACUAUCUCACAAAAGCUUUUGAAUAGUAAAGGAGAUUUAAAUCCGUGUUAAAGUUAUUAAAAAAAAAAAAGAGACAAAUGUUUUCCCUUUUUCAAUACAAGUUCAAAAAAUAAGAACUUAUACUUUGUUAAAUAAAAACCAUAUCAGUAUAUCAUAUUAAUACAUUUUUUUUUCGUAAUUUCUAACGCUUUGGUCGGUCAUAUGGAAUCUCUUGUUCAUCUAACCUUAAAUACUAGUCUAAAUGGGCUCCUUAACACAGGUGUAUUAAAGCAGCUUAUUCUUUGAAAUCGUCGUAUUAACAAAGACACAUAUCAUAAUUUAAAUUUCGUAAUUAUUUAUUAUAUUACACAAUAUAUUUUUGAAAAAAAAAUAGCGUUUUCAUACGACAUAUAAUUUGCUAUAAUAAAUUCUAAGAUAUAAUAUAUAUUUUAAAGCUAUCCCUUUAUUCUUUAUAGUUCAGAUUGAAUCUAAAAAUCAAAUAGCUCCCGAUUUGUACGACGGUUUCAAAUUAUAUAUAUAUUUUAUAUUUUACGGUAUAUAAAAAUUAAUUAAUAAUUAAUAGACGAUUAAUAGUUACUAUUUGAAGGGUACGUUAAGAUGUUCGUGAUUACAAAAAUAUUAUAUCCAUUUGUUUUAUUAAAUUUCGCGUUAAUUGCCUAUUCUGUCCAUCACGGUUACAUUAUAAUUAUCACAAAUUCUCUUUUUAUUGUUUUAAGUCAUAUUUUACAUGUGAAUUCUUUUUUUAUUAUUAUUAUUAUCAUUUAGGUACUUUUAUUUUUUUAGUGUAAAAGAAUUUUUGUAAUCAUGCGCGCUCAUCGUAGGUGCAUUAUGGUGACAACACCGUCAAGGGAGCCAAAUAUAAUGUAUCCAAAAACAACUGGCAAGGGGCAUGUUGGGAUUAAAUAUAUUAUUUUAAGGUGCUCAUUUUUGUGUCUAUAGACUCUAGUAUUCCCAUUAAAAAAAUCUAUAUACGUAAUUCUAUUGAAAUAAAUUGAAAAACAAAGGAUAUUAAUUAGAUAUUACAUUUUGAUAGCAAACGUCUAUUACAAUAUUGACUCUUCCUCUGGACUGAGAUCCUGUUGAUAUUCAGUUGUUCUAUUUGUUCGAGGAUUGAAGGGAAUUAAAAAAAAAGUAAUUAUCACUUUUUUAUUGCAAUAGUUUAUAAUAUUGAAGGUAUUUGUCCUGAAAUGAAACAUAAAUUUAGUAUAAGAGCGUAAGGUGCUAAUAGAUACACCAAUAUAUUUUGUCUUAUAUUGAGAAACUUCACCGAAUAUAUUUCUUUAUCAGAGAACAAUAUUUUCUAUGUGUGCUGCCCUUGUCCAGAUUGUUAUUUAAGUAGUUAAUAUACAAAUGUCACAAUGCUUAUAUUUUUAUAAUUAUACAUCAAUCUUAUACAUUAUAUACCUAUUAAAUAGGUAAAUACCCAAACGAAUUUUACAGAAUAGAUUCUCAUAAUGUAACGUAAUUAUUUUAAUGUGCAACGAAAAAACGGUGUUCAUAUUGGGCAAUUUUUUUAUCAAUUUUAGUUUAAUCAUAUAUUGGCCAAGUAUGUAUAAAUGUUUUGUAGACAAAAAUGUAAUCGUUUUCGGUUCAGUGAUCACGCAAAGAAAUGUAUAAAAAUAGCUAUAUGUUUUAAUAUCACGUUGAAUAUUUUAGUGGAUAUGAUUAUUUAAUGUAAUCCGGUUAAAUUAAGUAGGGUUGUGUUUUCUACAAUUUCGUAAUAGCAUAUUUAUCGGCAAAUUGUUUGUUCUGUGUGUGAUCACUGAAACAAUUUUCUUGCGUUGUGUUAAGUUAUUAUUAGAUAUACGGUAUUAGUAAACGAACUCUUGAGAUUGUAUAAAUGACAUUUUGCUCAAACAAGCGACCGACGUCACCGGGUAAAGUUAAAUUAUCUGUAAAUAUUGAGUAAAGGUGUAAGUUAUGUAA